AUGUAUCAUAACAUUUCUAAAUUCGUGUUUUUGUUUAGUUCCUUAAGGUAUAGACCAAGACUCUUAUUUCAGAAUGAUAAGAGAUAUAUUUUAUAAACUUAAGGUUCCUAAAACUGGAUGCAUUCAUUCCCAAUAUUUGUCAGGACUUCAUGGAUUUCGUACCAAAAUGGGAACUACAAAUCCGAUGCUAGACUUGAGGAAAUCAGAGUUCAAGAUGGAAUGGGUGUCAUGAUGACUAAUGAAGUCAAGCAAGAAUUAAUCACAGUGGUCACUAAAAUAGUAACAGAAAACCAAUAGAUAAGAGUUCUUGUGACCGAUAAAAUCGUAUAGAAGUUCAUGGAAAAUAAGACCCUUAAGCAACUAUCCACCUAAAAAUAAUAAUUGAGAUAUUAUAAAAUAAAAAUAUUAUUAUUAAAAUGCUCACUGGUAAAGAAGAAUUUGAUAAAUUAAAUACAAAAUGGAAAAGGAAAUGCUGAAAGUGAAGAAUUGCCUACGUAUCUACGAUCUUCAUAUUCCAAAACAUAUUAAUUAUUAGAGCCAACUAAAAUUCUCAAGGGAAAAAAGGUUUUCCCAUAAUUUGCUUACGGAAAUUCCCAUGAAGCUCCGACUUAUUUUAAAUUAUCGAACUCGUUGAUCUGUCGAGAAAGUUAUGAUAAUCCAUAUAUCAAGAGCAAAGUGCCUCCAUUAAGCAAAAUAGAUUCACUUAAGGGAAACACUCUCAAUAAUUAUGAAUUUUAUAAUGUUUCUGAAUAGAGAUUUACAAAUCUAAAACCUACAGGUUACGUUACUAAUAAAAUAACAGAUACGAUUACAAAUUAGGUUAAAAUUGUAUAAAAGCCAUUAAAUGACGAUAAAGACUAGAUCUUUACUUUUGAAAGUGCUUACAAAUCUAUUUAGGACCAACUAUUCAAUAGAAAAAGAGGUAUAUUUCAAUUUAAAAUAAAAGAGCUCUUCACAGAUUUUGUUGAAAAAAAUGAUUUACUUAAUGUAUAUGGACCAUUAAAUAUGAGGACAAGACCCAAAGAAUUUAGAGAAGUCAAAAACUAUGCCCUAGAUCCAGAUUAACUGAAAUAAUUGAAAGAACAAAGAUCAAGAUAGCAAAUCACUCCAACUAAUAGAAGUGGCUUCACUGAUCUUAUUAAAACUGUCAGACUACCCACAAUAUCGAAAAUGAAAGGGUUGGAUACAGACAAAUACUAUAACAAAGAUUAACAUUAUCUCAAUAAAUUAACUAAUUCAAUUAUAGUCUAAAAAAUCGAUGAAAAUAUUAAACUGAAAAAUAAAACUCUCGCAAGUUUCAAUAAAAAUAAACGUUCUAUCAAACACAACACAGAAGACACUGAGAAUAUGUAAGGAAUUAUUGAUGUAUUUGAGAAACAUUUAGAAUUCGAAAAGUAAUAUAAUUGUUGA